AUGGAGUCGUAUAACAUCAAGACUGCGUCGACGUACAUCAACAACCUGCUCCUGGCCCGGGGCUUGUUACGCAAUGGCAAGCCCAUUGAGUUUGCGCACCCGUCCAGGGGGGAGGGGGGGAAAGAAGCCACCAUGGCUCAAAUCAUCAACCUGAUCCACGACCUGAUCCUGAAGCGCGACCGCGACCAGGAGUAUCGCGAGUCGGUUGCUGAUACGCUGCGGAACCUGCGCGCAGAAUCGGCGCGCCAGACGGCCGCACUCGAGAAGCAGUCCACGCGCAAUGACGACCUUUCACGGCAGCUCUCCCUCGCCCAGGCCCAAGAACAGUCGGCUCGCAAAGCCCUGCAUACGGCCGAAGCCUCUGCGCGAAAGCUGCGUGCCGAGAUGCAGCGACUCAAGACGACGGUAGACCAGAUACGCACCACUUGUACGAAUGAUGUUCGGAAGCGUGAUAGAGAGAUUGCAAGGCUAAAGAGCCACUUGACGAGCCAGCAGCGGGGCAACAAGACGGGCCUUGUCGGCGCAAGCAUCACAAUCAACCCAGGCACCAUGGGCUUGGGCGCAUCUACCAGCAACCUGCGCGAGGAUGCGCCCGGUGUCGACGAUCCCGAAUACAGCUUGAAGCAGGAGACGACUGAGUUCUUGACACAACUGAGUCAAAGCUUGAGCGACGAGAACGACAAUCUGAUUGGGCUCGUGCGAAGCACGCUCCUGACACUAAAGGAACUACAAGGCAUGUCGGAACAGAACGCAAGAGGCGACGAGGAAGAUGCAUCGGACCUGGGCGAGCAAGAAGACGAUGACGAAGAAGGCGCAAGAGAACGUAUGCUGCACACGCUGCCAACCAACUAUGACGCUUUGGCAGAUGAUAUGGACACGGUGCUGGACAAUCUCAAGAACCUACUCACGAAUCCAAACUUUGUAUCAGUGGAAGAGGUCGAGCUGCGCGAAGAGGAAAUUCACCGGCUACGCGCAGGCUGGGAGAAGAUGGAGGCGCGGUUGCGAGAGUCGUUCAUGCUCAUGGACUCGUGGAGGAAGCGCAUGACGAAUGGCGACACCAUCAAUCUCGAGGAACUUAGGAUGGGUCUCGGGCUCGGCGAUGGGCUCGAUGCGGUUGACAGGGAAGACAUUUCUGUUGUUGGUGAAGAAGAAGAAGAACUAGAAGAUGAGGAUGAGGAAGCCAGUUCCGUGUUUGAUGAGGAAGUGGACGACGUAGAUGAACGGGAAGAGCAAGAGGAUAUGCAAAGACAGGCUGAGCAUCUUCCUUCUCCCGAAACAGACGACAAGGCGGCAAAGAAGAACACGACCGACAUGUUCAAGAUCAAGCUGCAGCCCAGCCAGGCAGUGCUCCGAGAGACAAACGGCAACAAGUCGCUUGGGCGGUCGCCGCGAAAAGUCGCCUUUUCGCCCUCGAUACCUAACACACCCUCUGCACUAGAGGAUGAGAACGCAGAGGCUAGGAUCGACGUGGUCGGAGUGGAGAAGGCCAGUCGGUCGAAUUCUAGGGACAAGUCGCCGGCAUCUGAAGAACGAGGGUCUAGGCUGAAAGGCCGAGAUGAGCGCACACCACGAAGAACAAGGAAACGGCUAUCGAGUCCACGCGCGCAUCCUGACGAGCCGUCGCCGAAGCUAACCGUGCACGACAAAUUACGAGAAGCGGCGGAAGCAGCCGCUGCAACCGAAAAGAAGGCAAGCAGCCCCGCGCGGAAGGCAGACGAUAGGGCCGAGGGAUGUCGAGAAGAGAGCGCCAAGCGCGCGCCCAAGUCUCCAGGCAGGACCAGGGUGGGCGGAAGACCGAAGAAGAGGAGGAGUACCUUGACUGCGGAUGAGUUGGCCAGUCUCUUGGGUUGCUGA